CAAGGGCGCACGGAUAGACACAAAUUUUGGACCUUUGACGUGGCGCCAUGAAAAUCCAGCUGCUGACCCUGAUCUGCGCUGCAUUUGGUCUCAGUCUUCCAGAAAUUCCCAACCUGCCAGAUUUGGUUGGAAUUGCAGACAAUGCAGUGCAUGGAAAUUUUACUGCUCAGACUGUUGAGGAGCCACAAGAGUUCCUUCCAACCAUAGCACAGAUCAGAGCCAUGACGGAUCAGGAAAGGGCAGAACGCUUCCAUUGGUUCGUUUGCGUUUUUCUCCUGGUUUUUGUUUGUGUUGUUUUUUCAGGGAGCGUCAUCAUGUUCGUGGGAGCUGAAUUAAAAGCAUUCAGCUCCUACCAGGUUCUGGGUCACACCACCCCACUAAGCAAAGAGUCUCAACUACGGCUGGUCAUGUUGAGCUUUGGCGGCACAGUAUUGUUGAGCUUCGCUGCAUGCCUUUGGAGCCUCCAGACUGGAAGGCUGUCCAAGACAUUCGGAUUGGACUGGGAAGUUUAUUUGUUUCUGUUUUGUUGUGCCGGUGCCUCCCUUCUCAUCCAAGCUGUGCUGGCGGUGACCUGGCUCAAAGCGGGCGACCGCUUUGAUGCCACAGCUUUUGCCAUGGCUUCAUUUUCCUCCAUGGCACCAUUUUUGUCUGACCAGUUUGACACUUUGAGAGAUAUCAUUUUUGGAGGGCUUUGCUUGCAGUCACAGCACCUUUUCAUGAAGAUUGUGGGUGUGCUGAGCUGGUCGUACCUACUAGCCUUCCACGCUUGUUUCUUCUAUGUUGCAAUUCGCUCCGUUCGGUAUACGAUCAUCUCCUCUCAGACUGGCUAUGGUAAGGUAUGGUACUCGUUUGAUCAACGAGGAGGGGAUGGAGAAUAUGUAGACUCAAAUCCACAAGCACCAGGUGCAAACUGUUUUAACGAGCUGGCCGCAAGCCACCUCGCAGUUUUGCUAAUCGCACCAAAGGUCCAGGGUGAGUGGUCUGGAAGUUGUUGGGAAGGGACCAUCCUCCCCGCAAUUUACGGACAAGUGACAAAGAGCAAGCGGCACCACUUGCUCAUUGAGAAUGUGCCCCAGGCACUGAUGUCUGUCCUUUUUUUGGCCGUCGAAGGCGGAUCCUUUUUUGUCGCUGCCUUCAAUUUAGUGGUGCCCAUAGUACAGAUUGCUCUGGCCGAAUUAUUGUUUGAGCCGGUGCGCACAGCUGCAAUCCCCGCGCUGGGGAAGAGGCUCAACAGAGCCAUGAAAAGUGGCAACGCCGUGGCAGCCAAAGCUCUGUGGGAAGAGGCGGAAAUCAUGGAGGACAUGCAGCUUUUCGGGCUGUUCCUGCCGCACUUGACCUUCUUUCUGGGUGUAGCAAAGCGCUGCGGCUUCAUGAGCGAAGAGCUGAAGGAUCUGGACGAGCUUGGGGGUAACGAGCUCGAGAUGUUACAGCACAUGGCAGCUCUGUUUGCAGGGCAGGCUUACUGCAAUCUCCGAGACCGGAAGAUGGGAAAUUCCAGCGCCAAGGUUGUGGCAGAGGCUCUGAAAAGCAGCGCAACGGAGACCCUUUACCUUCACGACAACGAGAUCGGGGACCAGGGUGCUGAGGCCCUGGCUGAAAGCCUUAAGAGCAACAGAAAUUUGAAAUGUCUGUUGCUCGGCUGGAACAACAUCGGCGAUCGCGGGGCUGAGGCCUUGGCUGAAAGCCUUAAGAGCAAUGGAAGUUUGGAGCAGCUUUACCUCAACUCCAACAAGAUUGCUGAUCGUGGAGCUGAGGCCUUGGCCAGCGGGCUGAAGCAGAACCGAAGUCUGAAGACCCUUCAUCUCAGCAUUCCAAAAUCCAGUCUGUGGGGAGCUUGGUUCAACUCCGGCGCCCUGGGCCGUCAGGCACUUGAAGAGGCAGAGAAGAUCAAAAAGGAGCGGGGUGACAACUUUGAACUCGUCUGGGAGUGAAACGGAGAAGACAGGAAGGCUUGGCCACUGCAAUGCUGGACUACACGAGAGGGGUGGCACGGCCACUGGACGUCGAACAAUCGAAACUGAUUUAAAGAAUUGCACUGGCAAAUGACGGGUGGUGCUUCUGUUCCAACGAUGUUACAAGUGGAGAGCUGUUCCUCGUACAUGUAUGAAAGAAAUGAUGCCCAUGCUCAACUAUAUAGCUUGGCUUGCUGACCACUGAGUGGAAGAGACGCGACCUUUCCCUUGGAACUUGUCAACUCUUUACUUGAAGCCAUGUAUUGAGCUGGAAAUGUGUGA